AUGAGCGGGAAUGUGAAGUUCAACGUCGUCGCUCCCGCUCCCACGCCUGCGGCGGCGAAGAAGGCAGGUGAAAAGCCCCAGCCAAUUCUUCCGCAUGAGUUUCUUCUUAGUCUCUACGGUCGACGUGUGAUUGUUCUCCUGUCCUACCAGAACCACGAGCUGGAGGGCCGACUGACGGCGGUGGACGCGGAUAAAGGUGACCUUUUUUUGGAGGACGUUGUGCACUUUGUGUGGAGCCACGGUGGGUUUGGUAGUACGGUGAGGGAAGGCGCGCGCACCGAGUUGCGACGCUGCGGCAGCGCAAUGGUGAAUAGUCGAUACAUUGAAGUAAUUACCCCCGCUUGA